UCAACUUAUAACCCACCACUUGUAAAUGGUAUCUAAAAAUAGUGUUUUAAAGCUCUAAAUAGACCAGCGAUGUUAAAAAUGAUAGCACGAGUGUUCAGUGCGCUGCGUUUUUGGCAAAUGAUAACAAACAUUUCUGAAUCGAUUUGUAACUAAUUAAUUGUCGUUUUGCAUUUGAUUGACUAAAAAUGCCUGGAAAAGUUAAGGUAAAAAUAAUAUCUGGUAAAAAUUUACCUGUUAUGGAUAGAUCUAGUGACACAACAGAUGCUUAUGUGGAAAUUAAAUUAGGAAAUAUAACUUACAAAACUGAUGUUUGUCGAAGAACAUUGCACCCUCGUUGGAACACAGAUUGGUAUAGGUUCGAGCUUGAUGAUUCUGAGUUACAAGACGAACCUCUACAAAUAAGAGUUAUGGAUCAUGACACUUAUUCUGCAAAUGACGCGAUCGGAAAGGUUUAUCUAAAUUUAAAUCCUCUUUUAUUGCCUGCUGCCGGCCAACUUGCUGUGGGUGAUAAUAAUCCUCACCAUGAAAUAUCUGGUUGGAUUCCUGUAUAUGAUACAAUGCAUGGCAUUAGAGGUGAAGUAAAUGUUACUGUAAAAGUUGAAUUAUUCUCAGACUUUAACAGAUUCCGGCAAUCAUCUUGUGGGAUUCAUUUUUUUUAUUCUUCAAACAUACCUCAAGGUUAUCAAAUCAAACUAAUUAACGGCUUCGUGGAAGAGUUAAUAGUCGAUGAUGAUCCGGAAUACCAAUGGAUUGAUAAAAUUAGGACCCCGAGAGCGUCAAAUGAAGCAAGACAAACAUUAUUUUUUAAGCUUUCUGGUGAAUUGCAAAGAAAAAUUGGUGUGAAAGCUUUAAAUUUAGGAAGCAAUGCGGUUAUCGGAUAUAAACAAUGUUUUGAUUUGGAAGGAGAGUCAGGCAUUGUAGCGCGAGGGAUUGGAACUGCGGUUACCUUGGUUAAAUUUGUUACUUUUUCACAAUCUGUUCCGGAAGCGGCCAAAGACGAGAGUGCUUCAAAUUAUCUAAACUUUGUCGGUGAUGGUAAAAGCUUCAGCUUACGCUCUUCCGGCCAGAAUCGCAACGCCCCAUUCAAAUUUUCCGAUCCAUGUUUAAGACCAAAAUCAAUUCAAUGUACAUCAACUCGCAUUCCCAAAAAACUUUCUAAACGUCUUUAUACAUCUUUAGACUCUAGCUCCAUAUCUACCUCUGUAUCCAAUCCUAGUUUGUAUGAAGACCAUACUUCAUUAAAAACGUUGCUAAGUCAGGAAGACAAAAGAGGCGAGUCUGUUAUGUCGAGAAGAUUUCAAAAGUUCAAGCGUUCCCAGAAAUCAUUGUCCAGAAAAAUGACAGCAUUACGAGCUAAAUUAGGUGACGGAAUUGGAGAGGAAGCCGAUGAAGAUACUUCCGUAACUAGUACGGAAAAAAGAAAAUUUUUUAAAAGAGCCACUAGUGAAUCCAGUGUGAUGGCGGAAAUGCUCGCGAGAUCCGUAUUGCAAGCCACAAAUAGUUUAACUUGCGUACUCGAAAUGCAGAACCCACCUAAAGAGGAUGAUACCAUGAAAAAGCUGGAACCUUUAAGCAAAUUGUUAAGUCAAAGUCAUUCUCAGUCCAGCAUAUUGGAGGAUAAUAUGAGUGAAUUGCAAUCAGAUUCCAGUUCAGAUACUAGUAGUUCUUGUUCAGAUUUUGAAUAUGACAAAAGUAAUAAUGACUUAGAAACGAUUAGUAACGUCAUAAGUAAUAUUGAAAAACUGCAGAAGUGUUUACCCAGGGAGGGUUUGCAAAAGCAAUAUUCGUUACCGACAUUGUCCACUCUCGGAUAUUCAUUUGAAUCUGAUUUAGAUUGCAUAGGGAAAAAUAAAAAGGUAGAACAAAACGAAAAUUUAACAUUUAUGUCAAAAUUUGUAGAAGACUAUAAAGAAAUAAAUUCUAAUGUAAAUGAAAAACGUCACGAUCAGUAUUCAGGUAAUGGUAAGGCUGGUGAAAUUUUAAUAAACGACAGUCAUAGUUGUGACGAUGAUAAAUUGAUUGCAUCGGUAAAUUUCGACAAAGUUGAUGUAGAACCCAAACGUUUGGUGAAAACUGCCAUGCAAACUAUGCUUUUGGAAAAAGUGAACAUAAUAGGUGCCUAUUCGCCGCCCACGUCGCCUAGUUUGGUUGGAAAUUUCGCUUUUAAUGACGUCAGCGAGCAAAAGAAAGGCUUCAUUCCAAAAUCAGCCAGUGCAUCUUCGUUUUCGGAGUACGCAAAACAAAUUGAUACGGUCCUGGGUAUACCGUUUCAGUCCUUAGCGACAUUAAAGACUGAGUAUUUGAAACACUCCCAACCGUGUUUAUCGAGCCCUUGCCACGUUACAAUACCCAGGAAUCACACGUAUAGUUGUUUCUCAGAUAGCGAUUUACAUCAGCCCAAAAUAACAUUAUCCCAAGAAAAAGAAACUAUAACGAAGAAUAAAUUCAAAUUUUUACAUAUGAAGAUUGGCAGCCACGACCACAACAAACACCGCAAAAACAUAUUAUCGCGCAUGUUAAACAUUAAACAUGAAAUAAAUAAGUUAACAAGAGAUCAAGAAACCCAAACUUCUAGGGAAAUAUUAAAUACUCCUUGCCCUUUCCAAUUCCCCCCCACUAAUUAUUCUAACACCAGUUAUGAAAUUCAACAUUUGCACCCUGGCAAUACGGAAAUUGAUUCAGGGGUUUCCCACGCUCAUAGCACUACUAAAUUAGCAUGCAUAACAUCUAACAGGCAAACCCAUUCAUCUGCACAAGAAAGCAAUGGAACAGGCGGCGGAUCCAAGGAAGAAGACGUUCCUGAGGCCAACAAACUAUCACAUUCGCCAGUUAAAAUCAGUUUAGCCUCUUUGCAUCGUAGAUCUUCCGACUCUGAUUUGAGUGUUACUCCUAAAGGGAACAGCUUAACCGGAAGCGACAGGUCGACUAGUAAUACGGCUGCUUAUCUAAUGAGGAACAACUAUAUAAGAAGAGGGCAGCUAAAUCAGGACAAUUUUGAAAUGCUGGAGUAUCCAUUUCUUACCAUGAACACAUUUCCCCCUAAAUUUAUUAUUCAUAUAGGUGGCGCUAUCAGUGCCAGAUCAGUAAAACUUCUCGAGAGAAUUACUAACGUUGAAGAACCAGAAUCUAGAGACAGCUGGUGGUCGGAACUAAGAAUGGAAAUAAGGUCACACGCUAGAACUUUGAAUUGUAACGCAGUUUUGGGCUAUACCGAGUCUGCAAGCAUAUGCGAAGAUGUGUGUGUGUUGAGCGCUUGUGGUACCGCUGCCCUAAUAGACUUCAAUAAUUGCUCAGGGAGCGACGAUGACAAUUUAUCUAAUGCGCAUCUUCUGCACAGGAGUUUAAAAGAAGUUUCAGAUAAGGAGAAAUGUUCGAAUGGUUUUCAAAAAUCGAUUCAUGACAGUCCAGACCACGUCGGCAGUACUUCAAUGUGCGCAAUAACUCAUUUGCCUUACGACGAAAAAACGGUACCUGUAAAUGCGAAAGUUUUAAAGUGCCCUAUGUGCUUCAAAAGCAAAGUUCCAGAGGUUCUAAUAGCCACCAUAGAGCCCAUAGAAAACAUUCCAAACGUUGGGAAAGGGUGUUUUAUUGAAUCGCACGUUUCGCGGCCAUUAAAAGAUGUUCGUGGCGAGUACAUAGCUAGGGAGAUAUCCGACGGUUUGCCUUUCUUAGAAUACGAGUUGCACCGAGUAAUAGUCAAUAAACUUAAAAUAAAAGGGAUGAACGCUAUAUUUAGCUUAAAUAUACGCAUUUCAAUCGGAGAGAAAAUGUUGAUUGGGGUUGCAACUGGAACAGCUAUUUAUUUGUCAUCAUUGCCUCCCCCUGUGUUACCCUUGUUGGUAUCCGAUCGGGUAUCUGAUGAAAAAAUUGUCGCCGGUCUGCAGGAAAUGCUUAACGAAACGAUAAAGAAAAACCGGGAAAUAUACGAAAUCAAAAAUGACAGUCAAAAUAAUAAAUAUUUAUCGGAUGAAGAUUCGGAUGAAGAACAGGCUUCUCUGGAUGUCACGUGCGCCAACAAAGAUUGCAGCAUAUUGGAGAUGGACGAUCCGGAAGAUGCUGAAGUAGUUAACUUGCUCAUGGAAGAGAAGGUCCCUGAUGGAUUUCACGUUGUGAACACAGAGUCCGUUCCGGGUUUAGAUGAUCUGGAAAUAGUAAAGAAUCUUCAGAUGUUCAUUCAAAUUUACAGAGCGAAAUUCGUUUCGCCGUAUAAUUUGCAAAAACACUUUGUGCGUUUGCAACAAAGUAUUUACUUCAAAUUGCGUCGAAUGAUUCCGUGUGCCCUUUGUGAUUUACAGUUUAGGGUCGAUUUACCGGAAUCGGAUGAGAUACAACUUUGCGUUAUAGGUAUGGCACUUGGUUUGGGAAAAAAGACGCGUCUGCCAGGAGUGUCUGUUCAGUCAAGAAGAGCAGGUGACGAAGAUUUAAUUUUCAAACUUGACGAGGACAGUUCACAAGAUGCGUCGCAUAUUUCUAAAUCAAAUCAACCCAGUCUUAAACAUCGAUCAAAUAGAUCGCCAUCGAAAUAUAGAAGCCAAUCACUCAAACAGCGCCACAUUCCGAACAAGGAAAUGCACGGAGUUGAUAUUACCCCCCUUUCGUAUGUCCCAGGGGGCAACAUUGAGCAAUAUCUGGGCAAUCUGAAUUUCUUUUUCAUUAGAGAAACCACAUCUAUAAGAGAGGAAGGCGGUUCUAGCGGUUUCAUCCACAGUUUUAUCACGGAGGUAUUAGCAAUAGUGAGAUCCCAUGUAACGGCGCUCGGCGGCAAUGCGUUAGUUGCAUUCUUCAUCACCGAAUGUGUACUUAAUCAUAAUUUACACAAAAAUCAGGGUCAAUGCCUUAUCAAUGUAGGUGGAGAUGUGGUUUCUGUUUCUUAUUACAAGGAGGAGGUCUGAUGGUUCUGUAGUUAUGAUUGUGUGUCUGUCGACGGAUUGUUUCUGCUCAAAAAGUACCAUGGCAAAUAUUAGUCUUCGUUCUCAAUUGCUGAAAUUUUAUUGAGGCUGAAAGCUAAUAAUUAAUUAUAUUAAGUUGGCAUUACCUUGUUAACAUCAUUAGCGGCAAGGAAAUACUGGCAAUACCUAAGACUCGAUAUUCGCAGUUUUUUAAGCAUAAUUAUAAGACAAAUGCUCACCUGUUUAGUCAAGUCUGAUUCCUAAGUUCGUUUGGCAAUAAUAUUUGAGUGAUAACUACAUUUAAAAAUUUAUACAUGUGAAUCGAAGUACUUAAUUUGAGUGAUAUUUAUCUUUAUAAACUUAUUAAUUUUGUUCGACAAUUUUAGCUAUUGUAUUACAUGUCUUACCCAAUAAGCUUUGCCUGUGAUUUAGUAGUUUUUACAUAUAGAUGUUCGUUUACGUUAUUUUUCCUCUAAACUACAUGACUCAAUUUCAGUUUAUCAAUUAUUAAGAAUUACAAAUUACUUUGCGCUUUUUUGAUCUU